AUGAAGGAACCCAUAUCAGAGAACUUCCACAGAUACUGCAAACUGAUUGAGAAGAAAAUAAAAUAUAUAAACCAAGACGAAAUAGAAACAGCAAAAGUUUUCGAAAAACUGAUAAAAAAAUAUAAUAUAAAAAAAGUAAAAAGAGUCUCUCUACCAAUGGGAAACACAAAUGAAGACAUAGGUAUUGGUACAGGUAUAGGCACAGGCGCAGACAGUUAUUCCUAUUCUUCAUCAUCUGAUUUUUUCUUUAACUACUAUUAUGAAAAACGUGAACCGAUCAUCAUAAAAAACUUGAGUCACAAAAUUGGAAAAUGCAUAAAAACAUAUAAUAACGGAAAUAUCAUUAAACAUAUAGGAAGUACAAAAGUAAGCAUACACAUAAGCAAUUCCAAAUUUUUGAACAAUGUAAACAAAAAUUUCUGCUAUACAUUAUCAUCUAUAACAAAAUUUAUUCAACUAAUUGGACAAGAAGAUAAAAAAAAAAAAAAAUUUUCACUUCGAUAUGAUGAAGGUAGAAAAGAGAUAUACAUAACCUUCUGCAAAGGUGAUAUCCUUUGGGAGAAGAAAAAAAAUAAAGAGAUUGAUGAAUCUACCAAUGUGAUUAACACAUCGAAUAACAAAAAAGACGACAUAAGAACAAAAACAUUUCAUACAUUUACUUACCCCAAGAGUAAAAAGUUCACAACACAUAAUGAUGAACAAAGGACGUUGAAAGAUGAUUCCACUAAUCAGUACGGAGAAAUGAAAGUAAAACAGAAAUGUAUACCAUUCAAUUGUACCAUGAUAACUCCAAAUGAGAAAAGAGAAAACAAAAGGUAUGGCAAUCAUAAUACACAUAAGGAUAGUGAAAACUAUUACUACUAUUACAGAUCAUUAGGGACUAAUCAAUUUAAAGAUGUAUCGAAUAUUAAAAAAAUGAAUAAUUUUGUCAAAGAUAAUUUUUUUUUACCUGCACAGAUUUAUCCUCCUCAUGAUAAAUUUGAAUUUUUUUCAUCCAUUUUAAGAAUAGGACAAACCAAUAUUUUUAUAUGGCUGCACUAUGACAUCCCAGACAAUUUUCUAAUUCAAGUAAAAGGAAGAAAAAAAAUUUUAUUAAUUCCACCCAAGUUUGUAAAAUAUUUUCAUAUUAUCAAUUCUUCUUCAUCGUACAAUUUAUUCAACAUUUUGACAAAAAAAAAAUUAACGAAAAAGGAAAAAAUCGUGAAAAAAAUAAUACACAAAUUUGCAUUCGUGGCAGAUUUAUACCAAGGGGAUAUUCUGUUUAUCCCUUCCUUAUGGUUGCAUUAUGUGUACAAUAUGCCUGCACAUACACAUGUAAAAAAGAGUUAUAAGUCCUAUCAUCAGUAUUUGCAUAUCAGAAAAGAGGAAGGGUGUACACAAUUCUCCCAUCCAAAAAAAACGAAGAGAAAAGGAAAAAAUGCCACAUCACGCAUUUAUCAGCAAAGUGGAAAUUUCGAAAUAAGAAAAAAAAAGAAAAAAAAAAAAAAAUCAACACUAAAGGCAGCCGCAACUGCAACUGCAAAACCAUACAUUUGUCAAUCAAAUGGACAUGUGCCCCUAAACCUUUUUAUGCGUCUAAAGAGAAGAAAGACACGUGCCUUAAGGACAUUAUCACAUAACACAGAAGACAGACGCAAGCUUCGAUUACUUCCUCAUUUGUACAAUUUACUCACACAUAAGAAUACACCAAACGUAUUCAUAAGCUCAUCGAAUGAUAUGGAACCGGAUGAAUUAAUCAAUCAUUAUAGCCAUUUAGAAAAUUCUGAAGAAUAUUUGAAAAAUCGAUUUAACAUUCUUAUCCCAGAAACGAAUCUGCAGCAUUUUAACAUAGAAGAAAAACAUAGCAAUAUGAACAGAAAGAAUAACACAUCUAUUGGCAGUUGCAAUCAUAAUACAAAAUUAUGUGUCAAUGAAUAUACACAAUCAAAACCUUGUGCUGAUGUGAAGGAGAAAAAAAAUAACGCAAACAAUAGUGGAGAAAUUUAUUAUCCUUAUGCGAAAUUAAAUAUUAGCAUAAAUUACUUUUUUAGAAAAAGAAAAGAACGAUACCUAUUUAAUAAAAAGGAUCUGUAUGGAAAUCAAGACAUUAACUGCGCUAGCCAGAUAUUUAAAAAAAUUCAAAAUGAUAUACAGCCGAUACUCCUAGCACCUCCAAAGUACAAAAAUUUUUAUUUGCAAAAAUUACAAGGCCUCUUUUACUCCAAUCUUGAUGAUGAUUACAUAUAA